CCGCCACCCCUUGGAGGGGACCCCCCCACCCCCUUCCAGCUCCUCUCCCGGCUUCUGUUUCGGAUCCCCCCGGCUUCGCUGGUCGUUUUUUCCCCCUUCUCUUGCUGCUAAAAUUAGCUUCUCCCUGCUGUGGAUUUUUCCUUGUCUGUGACUGUGAGAUCUGGACUCGUGGAGCCGCCAUUUUCCCUUUUGGUUUCUGUCGGGUGGCAGCUUGUGGCCAUGACUCUGCCGCAGACACUGAGCGCCGGAUCCCCCAGCCUGGAGGAUGGAUUCCAAAUUCUCUCUUCUCGUCUUUGAUUUCGGAGUUCUAGAAGAACGUAUCGUUGAAACGCAGUUGCAUUUUUAGACGGUUUUACAGUCCGCACUUCAUACACUUUCGGAAAAGUCAGUGAUCUGUAGGAUUGCGAUGGAGCAAAGAGAGAACUUAAACAGCAGCAGCCGGCAGAGGGGCUGUGAUGCGGAUAUUAUGUCAUCGGUUAAGACCUCUGCCAUCUCGAGCUGUACCGGAGACACUUUGAUGCCCGCGUCUGGCGCAGCCAAGACCGGACCUGGAAACGGAGAAGCUAUGGAGCCAGAGGAAGAGGAUGAGCUAAAUUCUUGCAGGGAUGUGGAUUCCAAUUCCAACGCCGACAGCGAGAAGUGGGCGCCGGGAGACAGUUUGGAAGAGCAAGAGUUUUCCAUCAAGGAGGCUAAUUUUACCGAGGGAAGCCUAAAACUUAAGAUACAGACCACCAAGAGGGCAAAGAAACCCCCCAAAAAUCUGGAGAACUACAUCUGUCCACCCGAGAUUAAGAUUACAAUAAAAUCGGGAGAGCAGAAACUCUCAAAGUCUGGGAAAAACAGCAAAACUGGGAAGGAAGACGACAGAGGUCAUUUGAAAAAGAAGAUGCAUGAAAAGUUUCCAAAGCGUCCUGCUCUGCAUUUUGACUCUGGCAUCAGUCCCGAUAUCACCAGUGACACCUUAAAACCAAAGCACCAGCAGAAAGGCAGCCAGCUCCAUCACGACUGGGUAACGAGCUCAGACACCGGAGCAACACCACAGAGUUGCUUUUUGGAUGCUGAACCCAACAAAGAAGCCUCUAGUAUCACCAAGAGUCCAAAUACAGAAGUGGGGUCUUCGUUUCUCAAGUCUCAGUCAAAAAAAUCGAACGGGAGUAGUCCCUGGAGUCAGCUGUCCAGUGCAAAGGAGAUCUCAACUUCCAGUGCGGUUUCAUCACCAAGUAACGUUGUGUCGUCAUCAUCAUCAUCUUCGUCUACCAAUUCUGGGGAAAGCAAUGGACUUUCGCAGUUAGAGGACCAAAAGAAUGGGUUGAUGGAGCCACCAGAACCACCCACUGUUAAGAGAAAGGUUGGUAAAAAAGAUUUACAUCAAGCUGCACAAGUAACUGAGCUUGAGUGGGUCAAAGGCAAUCAAAAAUCAGUUGAUGCCAAAAGUCACGAUUCUUCAGAAGCUAAAAAGGACAGUCGCCCCAUAGACAACAAUUUAUUGGGGGCUCAACGGCAGGAUAACGCCUCUGUCAACGCUAGUGAAAGUGACACGAGCCAUGUGCGGAUCACAAUCCCAAUUAAAUCUACAUCGAUGGAUCCGCCUGGGAACAAAAGGAAGAAGAAACAGUGUGUGAAAACUAACAUGGACAAAAAGUUCCAAGAGGACCAGCCUGCGGGACGACUGGUAAUUAACGAAACAAGUAACCAAAUCAAUGGUCAAGGAAACAAGAAAGACGGUCGCCUUUUGAAACAGGCCAAGCUUUCCGGCAAUGAAUUGUCAUCAAAGCUGCAGGAAGAAAAUGGUAUCGGCGGAAAAACGUUCAUCAACAGCAUGACGCGACCUCAAAAGUCGUCCACUCCUCCGGUUUCAAAAGCCAUUUUGGAAAACGUGAAAUCAAGACCAUCGCAGUUACACCAUCCUAAACUUGCAGCCAAGAAGAGAUGGACGUGCGGGAAACCCAAAAUAAACUCUUCUCACGAGAAUUCCGGCCAGUUGUCUGAAAAGAUUGUGGUUGAGCCCCCGUCGGCUUACCCAAUUACUCCAUCUAGCCCUCUUUACACCAAUACAGAUAGUCUUACGGUGAUUACUCCGGCGAAGAAGAAAAGGGGUAGACCAAAGAAACAACCACUGCUUACCGUGGAGACGAUUCACGAGGGAACGUCGACUAGUCCUGUGAGUCCAAUAAAUAGAGAGUUCUCUGGAAUAAAGAACAGGAAGGGCAGGCACAAUGUCUCUGAGCUUGUCCAAAUGACGCCCAGCAUGGAAAAAUCUAUCAACGAGCUAGAUAUACACAAAAAAGUUGGGAAGCUCGGAGUGCUUGAUAAGAAAACAAUUAAAACGAUCAAUAAGAUGAAAACUCUCAAGAGGAAAAAUAUUUUAAACCAAAUUUUGUCUUGCUCGAGCAGCAUAGCCUUGAAGUCAAAAACCCAGCCCCAGACCAACGCAAUAGCAGCUGUUGCCACAACGCUAGAUGCCAGAUUAGGCAAGCAGAUCAAUGUUAGUAAGAGGGGAACAAUCUACAUUGGCAAAAAAAGGGGAAGGAAGCCGAGGACAGAGCAGACCCCUCCACAAACCGAACGCAGAACAGCCAUUAAACAGACAAGGCCUGUCUCUAGCCAGCCUGAAAACCCAUCAGUGCCUUCAAACUUGCAGUCACUUGCGGCAUCUACACCAGCAUCUUUUCAUACACUUAGUACACAACUCAUGGGCUCUAAUGGGAACCUUAGCCCUGCCAGCACUGAUACAAUAUUUUCAGAUUUAAAAACUAUGCCAAAUCUUCAGCCAAUCAGUGCUCUUCCAACAAAAACCCAAAAAAGUAUCCACGGCAGUUCUUGGAAGCUGUCUCCGCCAAGAUUAUUGGCUCACUCGCCUUCCCAUUUGUGCGAGAUCGGCUCGCUGAAAGAAGUCACGUUAUCCCCCAUAAGCGAGUCUCACAGUGAGGAGACCAUACCAAGCGACAGUGGGAUUGGUACGGACAAUAAUAGCACUUCUGAUCAAGCCGAGAAAAUCUCAGAAUCACGAAGAAGGUACUCCUUUGAUUUCUGUUCUCUGGACAAUCCAGAGGUCACCCCGUCUGACACCAGCACAAAGAGCAAGCAUGGGCACAGGCAAAAACAUCUCAUUGUUGAUAACUUUCUUGUUCAUGAAAGUGUUAAAAAGCCAAAGCACAAGCGGAAGAGGAAAUGUUUGCAGAACAGGGAUAAUCUGCAGUUUCUUGCGGAUCUUGAGGAACUCAUCAACAAAUUCCAAGUCUUCAGAAUUUCCCACAGGAACUACUCGUUCUACCACGAAAAUCCUUAUCCUAGUAUCUUUAGGAUAAACUUUGAUCACUAUUACCCUGUGCCAUAUAUCCAGUAUGACCCAUUGCUCUACCUUCGCCGGACUUCUGAAAUGAAAUCGAAGAAAAAGCGCGGUAGGCCUGCCAAAACCAAUGACACCAUGACAAAGGUGCCUUUUUUACAAGGGUUUGGGUACCCUGUUCCCAGUGGAAGUUACUAUGCACCAUAUGGAAUGCCUUACACAUCAAUGCCUAUGAUGAACCUUGGUUAUUAUGGUCAGUAUCCAGCCCCUUUGUACUUGUCUCAUACUCUUGGGGCAACUUCUCCAUUCAUGAGGCCCUCUGUCCCACCAACACCGUUUCACACAAGCUCUCAUAUGAAAAUGUCUGCUGCGGCCAAGCAUAAAGCAAAACACGGUGUCCACCUGCAACCCUCCUUAGGACUAGGGCUGGGUGACCUACAGUCGUCUUUGGCUCCCAAGACUGGAGGAGUUAGUCUGUCAAGUAGCCGGCUUCACAAAAGGAAACACAAGCAUAAGCACAAGCAUAAGGAUGAUCGUAUCCUGGGAGGACACAGUGAUUUUGGUGGCCUGUUUUCCAGCAAGACUUCUAGCUUUUCAAGCCACAUAACAAAUGAGAAGCUUAGUCCUUCUGCCAAAGAACUUUCCUCUAUGAACGAGAAAAGCAAGCAUAAGGACAGGCAAAAGCACCAGCAUUGUGAAGCUGGGCAAAGAGGCUCAAAGAGCAGUUUUGAGGUGGACACGCUUUCGUCGUUGUCUCUUUCAGAUACCCAGCACUGGACACAAUCGAAAGAUAAAGCUGACUUGGGCAAUGAGUCGAUUGAUAGUUUGAAAAAGUACUCUGGGAGCAAUGACUGCAACGCGAGGGCGGAUUCUUCCGACAUCUUUGUCGAAAUGAGCUCGUCGAGUGAAAAGAGAGACGGCGAAGCGAGCGCCGGCAAGCGGCGGAGCUUCGAAGGUUUUGGAUCGUACAGAGAAAGAGACCUCCAGUCUUUCAGAUUCAACAAAAACGACCGGAAUUCCUUUGAUCCUACAGGGUCAGGUUUAACAAAUCUCCAUCUUAUCAACAAUAAAAAUGAAAGUGCUUCUUCCAACAAUGUGACUAAAAGGAAGCCUGCGGCGGAAUCGUUAGCUGUGCCUUCGAGUCAGUUGUUAAGCUUCUCGUCAACGACAGACUUGGCCAAUGCCUCGCACCGCAAAAGAUUCAAACACUGCGAGAUGGAAGCGAUCCAGUGUGACGUGCGGAAAAUGUGCAACUUCAAUAAGAUUCUGUCCACCAAAAAAAACAUGGACCACGUCAACAAAAUCCUGAAGGCCAAAAGGUUGCAAAGACAGUCGAAGACGGGCAAUAACUUUGUAAAGAAGAAGAGAGGACGGCCAAGGAAGCAGCCACUCGUGUUCGAGGAGGACUCUAGAGAUCAAAUGCCGGUUCUGGAGAAAUGCGUGGACCUGCCUUGCAAACGAGGUCAAAAGUCUUCUUUCCAUCCUCUAGAGUUGCACGUCAACCGCCAUGACGCUGUCAUGGAUACCAUUGAAGCCGUGAUACACAUGGCAAGAGAAAACCAAUCUUCUCGUGCGCCGAGGAACGGAAAGAGAAAGGCCGUUGCCGAGGAAGAGGUGAAGAUAAAAAGGCAUCGGAAGGCGAGAAGAGGGGAGUCGGACAACAGUCCGUAAGCAUCCCAACAGAAUUAAAAAAAAAAUGGCGUCAAACAACAUAUCGCGCCUGGCAACGGGCGUAAAAAGGGUACUUGAUACCAUAAUAACGGCUGCAGUAACAGACUUAUUUUUUGGUUUUUUUUUCCCUUUUACUAGAACGACCAGUAGCAACCUAUUAAUAUGGUUGGUAUGGUUCUCUUGGCACUAGACUUCAACUCAUGAACUUUUAUCUUUUGGUAUACCGUGUGCAACUGCAAUCAUAUGCAGAACUCUUAACGUUUGCUUCCAA